AGCUUCUCCUAAAGUUCUGGAACGCCACCUCGCAGCCAAGCCAAGCGAAACAUUCUUUUACGUGACUGCGUCACGUGCGCCGACAAAUCUGAAUCUGAAUCUGAAAGAUUAAGAAGUAGGAGAAAGCAAGUAGAUUUCUGAAAGACUUCUAAUUGAGAUAUCAUCCGUCUCGGUAAAUCAAAUCACAGUAGAAAAGGCUAGAAGAGUUGUGAGCAAGUAGAACAAUGCCCGAAGACACUCCCACCCCCGCUGCCAAGCGGCUGCGGCCUCUGCCGCAAGGUCCCGCAAGUCAGAACAUGAGCAGUAACCCGUUCGGCCUGACGAUUACUAAGCCGAGCGCGAAGACGGUCGCUAAACCACCGGUGGUCCUCGCUAAGCCGCCGAUCGCCCCCUUCGACCGGGACGCGUUUGCAGCUGCAAACAAGCGUUUGAGCGAGGCACACAAGAGCGACGCGGCGAACGAGAUCAAGCCCAAGGAGCCAGAGCGGGCAGACCAAGACCAAGACGAAGACGAACCCAAGCCCGUUACCUCCCCCGGGCAGCAGCUCCCGUUGACGGCCGAAGCGCUGAAUAUGGGAGUGUCAGGAUCGAAAUCAACAAAAUCGAAGCAAUUUGCGAUGCAUAAAGUCGAUGCCACUUUAAGCCUCAGUUUCCAAGUGGCGCAUGACAAAUUUCGGGAGCUGCACCAAAUAAAUCCAGUCUGUCAUGCUGUUUGGGUACGUAAAGAAGACUGCUCCUGUCGUGCCACUUUGGCAGCGCAUCUCCUUCCCCUAAACAGGCUUGCAGUCGGUCGCAUUUGCCUGCUCCCCAACACAGGCCUUACUUACCCUACAUUUAUAUGCAUUACAAAUUUUUCGAUUUUGUCGAUUUCGAUCCUGACACAUCCAUACUGAAGGCACUGGACCUGGCCAACGCGGACAAACCUAUGAACUGCAAAAGUAUCGUACUCGUAUAAAUGCAUGACAAAUUCCCUCAGCAUGAGAAAUAAAAUUUGUCAUGCUGAUUUACAUUAAGAAAAACAUUUGUAAUGCAAGAAUUGCAUUUGUACGAUACUUUUGCACAGGAUAAAACCGCCGGGGGUACAACUAAAUAUUAAGGCACUGGACCUGGCCAACGCGGACAAACCGCCGGGGGUCGAAAAAAAUAGGGAGCCGGUCGUGUUGAAAAACAAAAAGCGGGAGCGCCGGGUAGAUAUCAAACAGUUUCGGAGCAUCGAAGUGGACGAGACUGAGAAUCUAUCAAAUGCAAAAAUGUCUGGGUCUGGAAGAGUAGAACUUGUAAUGCUGUCUGCGGAUUCUAAAAAUAUCUGUGUUGCAUGAGCAGCAAGAGGAGUCCAGUUCUUGGCAUGCGGAGAGGGCAUUUCUCAUGCGUGAUAAGCAUCAAGAAGCUCUCAAAAAAUCUGUGAUGCUAGGACCUGCAUCACUGACCUCAUGGGUCAUGCAAAAUGUGCAUGACAAACCCCGACUCUUUCAGACCCAGACAUAUUUGCAAUCCAUAGAAUCUAGCCGGGAACGUGACACUGCCGAAGAUAUGAAUUGCAAAUAUGUCUGGGUCUGGGACGUUGCGAGAUUUGUCAUGCUAGUCUGGCAUGACUCUGAAGUGUGUGUUGCGUCACCGCAAAGAGCUCCUCGUCUUGCCUGUCAUGCAAGAAUGCAGUUUCUCAUGCGGAGUACGCAACUCAGAACCACGGAAAACCUUGUCAUGCUGGGCAGCGCAUUACAGAAUGUUCACUCUUCCCUUUCUUGCAUCACAAGUUUCCAGACCCAGACAUAUUUGCAGUUCGUAGAAGACGGCGCGGGAAAAGAAGUUCGCGGGACUGCGCGCAAGAAACCUGGCGCGCGAGAGCGAGAAUAUGAAUUUUAUGUACUUGAGCCGCAAGUUCACCCUAUCAAAUGUAAAAAUGUCUGGGUCUGGAAACUUGUGAUGCUGGGCGGCGUCUCACGAUGAGGCUACAAAUGCUGGCUCAGCAUGACAAGUUUCUGAGCUCCUAGGUGUUGCCUAUUCCGCAUGACAAACUGCGCUUCUGCAUCACAGAAAAGCGGAGCUCUUGGGUAACGUGCGUGACAGAUUUAGGAGUCAUGCCAGACAAGCAUGACAAACAUGAAUUCUUCCAGACCCAGACAUUUUUACAGUUGACACACCCAGAAGCGGCGCGAUCUGUCGCCUGAGCGGGACGAGGAGGUAUCCUGUGCAAAAGUAUCGUACUCGUAUUGCGGUCAUGCAUUACAAGUCUUUUUCGUAAGGUAAAUCCGCAUUACAAAUUUCAACUCUCAUGCUGAGGUAAUGCAUCUAUACGAGUACUACGAUACUUCAUUUUGCAAUGCAUAUUACGAGGUUGCAGAGAACGAGGAUAAGCACAGCGACGAUGGCGAAAAAUCUGAUGACGAAGGAAAGAAGAAAAAGUCAAGCAGCGGUGCCAACGAGGACGACGAAGCCGCGGCCGGGGAGAAAGAAGAGGGCAAGAUCAACGUGGUGUGGCCGGCGCACCGGGGAAACGAAGACCGUAUUUUCUCAUUUGUCGGCACGGUAGGAGAGGAAAAAAAGGUCGAUUGGUUCAUCUCGGGUGUCUUAUCCUGUGCAAAAGUAUCGUACUCGUAGUAAUUAUCGCAGUCAUGCAUUACAAAUCUUUUUCUUGAGGCAAAUCCGCAUUACAAAUUCCAUUUCUAAUGCUAAGGAAAUUUAUUGUAUUGCGGUUUAUACUAGUACGAUGCUUUUGCAAUGCAUACGUCUGUGACGGCCACGACGGCGCGCAGGCCGCGACCACGGUGGCGGAAUUUUUCCCUGUGAAUUGCAAAUAUGUCUGGGUCUGGAAGAUUCAGAACUUGUGAUGCUGUGUCUGGAUUCUAAAAAAUUUUGUAUUGCAUGACCAGCAAGAGCACUCCGGUUUGUGCUACGUGGAGAGGACAUUUCUCAUGCGGUAGAGGCAUCACAAAACCCUCGAAAAAUCUGUGAUGCUAGAGCAUGCAUCACAGACAUCAUGGGUCAUUCAAAAUACGCAUGACAAACCUGGCGAUCUUCCAGACCCAGACAUUUUUGCAGUUGAUAUUCCCGGACCUGGUCUUGAACGACUUUCGACAACGGGGCACUUCGCCGGCCGCGGCCAUGAAGAAAGCGGCCGAGCACUGCGAAUUCGCGCUGUGGGGACAAAAAAUCUCGUCCGGCACCUGCAUGAACGCGGUGCUAUGCUGGGGCCGCUACCUGUAUUGCGCCCAGGUCGGGGACUGCGACGCCAAGUACGUGCCCCUGAGUGACUGCACCUCGUCCAAGCGAGCGCGGGGGGACGGGGACCGGAAGAAGCACCUCCAGUUCGGGCGCCUGAAUCACUUGUCCGUGGAGCAGUCCUGCCGGUGCGAGGCCGAGCGCGCGCGGCUGGCGCGGGCUGGGAUCACGGACAUCACGGCGCCGCCACACAACGGGCGGCUGGGCGGACUGCAGCCCACCCGGUCGAUUGGCGACUACGACGCGAAAUGUAUGCCGCGCGUCAACGGCGCGCUCAUUUACGAGCCGGAAACUCGGUGCAUCGACCUGUUCCACGAGGCGUCGGUGCUCGAGAAGUGUGACUUGGAAAAGGUGGAGCAGUGUUGCGGACUCCUGGUGCAUAUGCAUUGGAAAUAUGUCUGCGUCUGGAAGGAUGCAACUUGUCAUGCUGCUGUUGGAUGCUGAAAGAAUCUGUAUUGCUUGAGCAGCACGAGGAGCGGCCCGGUUUUUGCUACGUGGAGAGGUCAUUUCAUCUCAUGCGGGACAGGCAUCAAGAGGACCUCAGAAAAUCUGUCAUGCAAGGGCACACAUGAUCACAGGCAUCAUGGGUCAUGUAAAAUGUGCAUGACAAAUCCUGCAACUUUCCAGACCCAGACAUGUUUGCACUUGAUAAUGCAGGGGACGGACGGCGCCUUCGAUUUUCUCAAGAAUGCGGACAUUCCGCGCAUUGCGCUGAAGUACCAGUCCCAACUUGCGGCCUGUCAGCAGUUUCUUUACGACCACGCCAGGCUUUCCCCUCGGGAGCGCAAUCGUCUGAGCCCGGCGGAAGAGGAGGCACUAUCCCACGAAAAAACUGCUUCACUGUGAUGGUUUUGCAAGAUCUGCAUCACAAGCUUGUUACACAUGUGACAGAAAAUUUGCCAUGCACGCUUUCAAAGGGAAAACACCCCUAAAGAGUCAAGGUCGUGCAGGUGUAGCAAGACAAAUAGUUCUGUGCUCCACUCUAUGCAUCACAAGUUCACGACAGUGAAACAGCUUUUUCUUGCGAUAGGCACUGUUUAUGAAGCAAUCCACCGUCCUGUCCGACAUAGCGAAGGAUCUGGCCGAUAUCAAAUGCAAAGAUGUCUGGGUCUGGAAGGAUGCAACUUGUGAUGCUACAUUUGGACUCUACAUAGAAUCUGUAUUGCAUGAACAGCAAAAGAGGUGUAAUUUGUGCUACGCGGAGAGGGCAUUUCUGAUGCGGUGUGAGCAUCAGAAAGCCCUCGCAAAAUCUCUGAUGCUAGGGCAUGCAUCACAGACCUCAUGGGUCAUGCAAAAUCUGCAUCACAAACUCCUGCAUUCUUCCAGACCCAGACAUUUUUGCAAUCCAUAGCCGAUAUUGCCUACCAACUCUCCGACGGAGGAGACGACACAAGUGUUCUCGUCACCAUGCUGUACUGUGGUUUGAAGUGAUGUUGAACAAAGGGGUAUUUCUCUCGUCGUCCUUUUCGGAAGAAGGAGAUAACGAGUGGUACCAAAGGACGAAGUAAAAUAAGCUCCACUGGGAAAUGAAACAACUACAGCGACAACAAGCUGCUAUUCUUCUCUCCAGCGAAAUAAAACUACAAACGAAAACAACGACGUGACUGCGCACAGUCUUAUUCGAACUCCUGCAUCUACACUAACCUCACAU